GGAAGAACCCCACUGACGAGUACCUGGAGGGCAUGAUGAGUGAGGCGCCGGGGCCCAUCAACUUCACCAUGUUCCUCACCAUGUUUGGGGAGAAGCUGAACGGCACUGACCCGGAGGAUGUCAUCCGCAAUGCCUUCGCCUGCUUCGACGAGGAGGCCUCAGGCUUCAUCCACGAGGACCACCUGCGUGAGCUGCUGACCACCAUGGGAGACAGGUUCACCGACGAGGAGGUGGACGAGAUGUACCGCGAGGCACCCAUCGACAAGAAGGGCAACUUCAACUACGUGGAGUUCACUCGCAUCCUGAAGCACGGAGCCAAGGACAAAGAUGAUUAAAGCCCGGGGCUGCUGCCC